AUGGCCUAUAUAGCACCUAUUCACCGGCCAAGCAGCGUUCGGCAUGCGCUCAAGCUCAACUUCCUCGCCCCAGAGGAGGAUUGCCUCGUAGUCGCCAAGUCCAACAGACUCGAAUUCUAUACGCAAACGGACGAUGGAUUGGCCCUACAGCACUCGAAAGCCAUCUAUGGCAAGGUCACUAUGCUCCAGAAGCUCCGCCCGGCACUAUCACCCACCGACCACCUCUUCGUCGGCACCGAUCGAUACAUGUACUUCACCCUGUCGUGGAACGCCGAGAAGAAACAACUACAGACGGAAAAGUCGUUUGCGAGUGUGGCCGACAAUGCUGCUAGAGAGUCUCAAACAGGCGAGAGAUGUCACAUAGAUCCAACGGGACGAUUCAUGACCGUCGAGGUUUACGAGGGCAUCGUAACUGUCAUACCAUUGGUCCAAAGGGGAAAGAAGAAGAAGCAAGAGUCAGACAUUGCCCACCUGGGAGACCCUCAACCAGUCAGACUACCGGAGAUGUUCGUUCGUUCGUCUGCCUUCUUACGGCCAAGAUCUUUCGAGGACAAGCCGAAGAUGGCUCUGCUAUACGAAGACACACACUCCCAAGUCAAGCUGAAACUACGGGAAUUGACCUUCGCUGGCGAAGAAGUAGAACUGCAAGAAGGGGAAACGUGUAAGAGCGAACUGGAGCUUGGUUCGAGCCACCUCAUACCUGUCGAGGAACCUUCGCAUGGCCUCAUAGUUGUCGGGGAGACGUCUAUCGGAUACUAUGAUGACGAGAGUGGAGAAUUGCAAACCGAACCGCUGGACGAGGCGACAAUCUUUGUGGCCUGGGAACGCAUCGACGCCCAACGAUUCCUACUUGCCGAUGAUUACGGUCGCCUGUACAUGUUCAUGCUGGUCUUGAGCAGCCAGGGUAGAGUACAGUCGUGGAAGCUCGAUGUGAUUGGGGAGACGUCUCGAGCAUCUACAUUGGUAUACCUGGACGCUGGUUACGUUUUCGUAGGAUCGCAUCAGGGCGAUUCGCAAGUCAUCAAGAUUGCAGAGAAAUCCAUGGAAGUUGUCCAGACAUUCUCCAACAUCGCGCCUAUACUUGACUUUACGAUUAUGGAUAUGGGCAACAGGUCCGGUGAAGGGCAAGCGAACGAAUACUCAUCUGGCCAAGCACGAAUAGUAACCGGUAGUGGCGCAUAUCAGGACGGAAGUCUCAGAAGCGUUCGGAGCGGAGUCGGACUGGAGGAUCUCGGUGUGCUGGGUGAGAUGGAACACAUCUCUGAUCUCUUCAGUCUGAAGUCGACUGCGUCUGCCCAGUAUGCAGACACAUUGUUAGUGAGCUUCGUCAACGAGUCGCGCAUCUUCCGAUUUGACCCGCAGGGCGAGGUAGAAGAGGUGGAUGAGUUUGCCUCGCUCGCUUUGGAAGAGACAACGUUGGCCGCAACAAACAUCUCACAAGGCCGCGUCGUCCAGGUCACCAACGGACGGGCCCGAAUCUGUGAUCUGGAUGGUGGAAUGAUCACGUCUGAAUGGAUGCCAACGGAUGGGCAAACUAUCACUGCUGCAUCGGUCAACGACAGCCAUGUUCUAGUCUCCUUAGGGGGUGUUACUAUCGUCUCUCUAAGUAUGGCGGAUGGUUUGCAGGUGGUCAAAGAGAAGAAGUUUGGUGCUGAGAGCCAAGUCGCCUGCGUUACUCUUCCAUCAGUCUCAAGCUCGAUAUGCUUCAUCGGCUUUUGGAGCAACUCACAACUCGCCAUAUGCUCUCUCGAUACUCUGGAAGCGGUCAAGACUGUACAGAUAUCGGAGGAUUCUGUUCCCCGUUCGUUGUUACUCACACAAAUCUUCCCGGAACAACCACCAUCUCUCUUCGCUGCACUAGCCGAUGGUAAUGUUGUCACAUAUACUUAUGACCCAUCAACGCAUGAGCUCUCUGGAAGGAAAAGCAUCGUACUAGGUACGCGCGAAGCCAGCUUCCGUGCCCUACCUCGGGGCGAUGGGCUCUUCAACGUCUUUGCAACAUGCGAACACCCAUCUUUGAUCUACGCUUCAGAAGGUCGUCUUGUAUACUCCGCUGUCACAGCAGAGAAAGCGACCUCAGUCUGUCCUUUCGAUUCAGAAGCAUACCCUGGCUCAGUAGCCAUCGCGACCUCAGAAGAUCUCCGUAUUGCCCUAGUAGACACAGAGCGGACGACGCACGUACAGACACUAAAGGUUGACGAGACCGUACGACGAAUAUCAUACUCACCAAGUCUAAAAGCUUUCGGUCUCGGCACCAUCAAGAGGAUACUGAAACACGGCGAGGAGAUUAUGCUAAGUCACUUCAAGCUCGUUGACGAGAUUCAAUUCAAGGAGCUCGACACAUAUGCUCUCAACGAAGAAGAACUAGUCGAAUGUGUCAUGCGCUGCGAACUACCAGACGGCUCAGGCGGUGUGGCAGAGCGUUUCGUCGUCGGUACUGCAUACCUUGACGACCAGAACGCGACUGCAGAACGUGGCCGCAUAAUUAUCCUGGAAGUCACACCCGAGCGCAUACUCAAGCUCGUCACUGAAAUUGCUGUCAAGGGUGGUUGCAGAUGUCUAGCUAUAUGCGAAGGCAAGAUCGUCGCAGCACUCAUCAAGACCAUCGUGGUAUACAAUGUCGAAUUCCGAACGCAAAGCUCCCCUGAUCUGGUUAAGCUAGCCUCGUUCAGGUGCUCAACUGCACCGAUCGAUGUUACGGUCAAUGGUACUAUGAUUGCCAUAGCCGAUCUCAUGAAAUCGCUCACAGUUGUGGAAUACACAAAGGGCGAGGCGGGUCUACCAGACAAGCUUGUGGAGGUUGCGCGGCAUUAUCAGAUUACUUGGGCGACAGCUGUGGCUGAGGUAGACACGAACACAUUCCUUGAGAGCGAUGCGGAAGGAAACCUGAUGGUCUUGUACCGCGACCCGAACGGUGUUACAGACGACGACAAGAGGCGGCUGAACAUUAGCUCCGAAAUGCUACUUGGAGAAAUGGUAAACAGGAUACGCCGGAUCGAUGUCCUGACGACUCCGGACGCUGCAGUCGUUCCCAGAGCGUUUGUCGGCACUGUCGAAGGCUCAAUCUACCUCUUCGGUCUCAUCUCUCCCGCACACCAAAAUCUCCUCAUGACGCUGCAAUCCAACCUCGGCGCCCUAGUGGCCGCACCCGGAGACAUGGAGUUUGCCAAAUUCCGCGCUUUCAAGAACACCGUCAGAGAGGAAGAGGAGCCUAUGCGCUUUGUGGAUGGAGAGCUGGUGGAAAGAUUCUUGGACAUAAGCGAGGAGGUACAGAGAAAGGCGAUUGAGGGGCUCGGUGUGGAGCUCGAAGAAGUCAAGGGAUUGAUUGAGGGAUUGAGACGGUUACAUUAG